AUGUCUAGGCUGACUCGAACCGCGUCCGUUGUAGCUCUGCUAUGGCAUGCUACGGCAGUCAUCACUGUCGAAGCAGACAGCAGCCUCGCACCUCCGGGCCACGACUUCCCCUUGUGCUCGGCUCGAUCGGAGCAGCCGACAUCGUUCAGAAUCGGGAACCUGAAAUACAGCCAUGAGAAAGCCUCUCCGGCGGCGCACCUAGAAUUCGACCUUCUAAACAACUCCAACAACCUCACGAGGCACUGCAGCAUGGCCGACGCCAGUUUUGUUGCGGCCGGCGGACAGGUGAAGAGUGAGGCCUGGACCGCUUGCGAUAACGCCGACGUCGUCAAGAUCCCAGAGGCCUACGACGUCACAACACUGGUCCGGUUCGACAGAGCUUCCGUCAACCUGGUCGUGAAUCAGACCUGGUACUGUGACGAUGUGAACCCCGAGUAUCCGAUCGGAUUCCAUGGCACGUCAGACGACAAGGUGCAGAAUUUCACUUGCAUCUCGACAGACACCGUCGAGAACUGCUCGGCACCAGACUUUGGUGCGUAUCUCUGGGUAUAUGAUAGGUUUGACCUGCCUCCGUACGCUCUGGAAGGAUUGUCACCUGGUAGGUCUUAA